ACGACCAAAACAGCGCAGUAUACGUCUCUGAACCCGAGGCGGUUUCUGACAGUUUCCGAAUCUAAUUUAGUACACUUUUGUACGCUUGGUGACAUACUUUUGAACAAAGGGUUAACAUAAUACGAUCAAGAUGACAGUGACUUUGUUUUUAUUAACAAGGUAGCGAAUGCCGAUCAUGACCGAAGUGUCAGAUUGUUUGGGUGCAAAGCAGCGGAUGGGAAGCGAUAGACGGGUCCAGCUUGUCCUGUGCUGGGCGCACACACAGAUCCCUCACACCCUGACCUCUCACCUGUGGAUUUACUGAGCAGAUUUAAAGUCUAUACGCGAUGGAAAGCGUUGGAAAAUUCGAGUUCAACAGGAAGGACUUGAUAGGACACGGCGCUUUUGCUGUGGUGUUCAAAGGAAGACAUAAACAGAAACAUGAUUUUGAAGUGGCGGUGAAAUGCAUUAACAAGAAAAACCUCGCCAAAUCACAGUCGCUCCUAGGAAAAGAAAUCAGGAUAUUAAAGGAGCUGAAACAUGAGAACAUUGUCAGUUUACUGGACUUUCAGGAGAUAUCGGGAUAUGUCUAUCUUGUCAUGGAGUACUGCAAUGGAGGAGACCUGGCCGAGUAUUUACACUCUAAAGGCUCUCUGAGCGAGGACACGAUCCGUGUGUUGCUGCAGCAGUUAGCGGGAGCCAUGAGUGUUUUAAGGAGUAAAGGCAUCAUCCAUCGUGACCUGAAGCCCCAAAACAUUCUCCUUUCGUACAGCACUGGGCGCAAGUCCAACCCCAACAACAUCUGCAUCAAACUGGCUGAUUUUGGCUUUGCACGGUAUCUGCAGGGAAACACGAUGGCUGCCACACUCUGUGGCUCUCCAAUGUACAUGGCUCCUGAGGUUAUCAUGUCACAGAAUUAUGAUGCCAAAGCUGACCUGUGGAGUGUAGGGACCAUCAUCUACCAGUGCUUGACUGGCAAAGCCCCAUUUCAGGCGAAUACUCCUCAGGAACUGCGGCAGUUCUAUGAAAGAAACCGGAGCCUGAGUCCCAGUAUUCCACGGGAAACCUCCAGUCACCUCAGGCACCUUCUACUUGGGUUGCUGCAGAGGAACCAUGGGGAGCGCAUGGACUUCGAUGAACUUUUCCACCAUCCUUUCCUGGAGGCUAGUACAUCCAUGAAGAAAUCCUCUCCAGUGCCCAUGCCCACCUAUCCCAGCUCUGCCUCUGGGAGCUCCAGCAGCGCUUCCUCAACCUCUCGCCUCACUCCUACUCGGUCUGAAACUGAAGCUCCGAGGCCCCUCCCUCAAACGAACCCCACACCAUCUCCAGGUUCCCUGCUGAAAGACUCAUCUUCCUCAGACUCUGAUGACUUUGUAAUGGUGCCGGCACAGUUCACCAGUGAACUAGUCAGUGCAGGAGGGCAGGACAGUCUGAUGCGCAGCGGAAGCUCACUGAUGGGUGUGGGUCGGACGCCAUCAUCCUCCCCUUCUGUCAGAGCCUCCCCAAGCCCUUCCAGGCCUCUGGAGUCGUGUGCCAGUAGUUACGCUCAGUCCGUGCCUGUUCCAGUGCCGACACAAAAACACAACUACCAGAGGAUGGAGCAGAAUCUACAAGUGUCUGACAGGACAGCAGCACCUGUACAACACUGCUGCUCAAAUAGAGUUCCAACAUGUGGGAGAAUCGGGGCUUCCCCAGAAUCAGCAGGAUCCAGACCGUAUCUACCCUCCCCACAGGUGGGAAAUGCUCCUGAAACACCCAAUCAGCCUGAACCUGUUGGCAGCAGGACAGGGUUGCAUACCGCAGAUGUGUAUAAACAGCCUGGUCAGGUCUCUCCUCUCUUCACUGACAUCACAGCCAUGGACAAAAACCAAACCCACAGACUCAGGGGACAUCGGCACAAUCCAGAAUCUGUCGUGCACAGAUGGGAUUUGUGUCGGCAACCCAUCUCUGGUCAAACUCCAAGUACAGUGAUGGUUCAGAGAGGCCUGAUCACCCGAAACAAGACCAUGUCUGAACUGAAAGAUCUGGCACAGUACCCGGCUACAGGGCCCCGCGUGCCACUUUUUAGGCCAGCGGAAAGAAGGGACACCGUCAAAAGGUCAUUAAGUACCGGCCGUCUCUCAGAUAAGCUGCUGCUGGCUGUGUUUGGACAUCAGUUUGACAGGAGCAGCUGUGAGAGCUUAAAUUCAGAGAAACCCAUGGACACAACAGCACCCCCUGGUGUCAGUGAUGGACACACACCUCCUCACGCCACUCGACCUAGACGCUUAUCAGUGGGCACUCCCAGCCCAACAAGCCCUGGCUGGACCUACGGUCAUUUGCACGAGGCUUACAGCUCGCCUGAUAGUCUGCGAUAUGGUUACACAGAUGACAUGGCAACAAACCUAUGUGAGGGUGUGGCCUUUGUGCCACCUGAACUGCCAGAGGAGACGCUCAUGGAGGAGGGGCAUACAGACUUGCUGAGCCAACUGCGCUUUAUUUUAGCCUUUGCCCACUGCAUCACAGAGGUCGCUGGAACAAAGGACUGUGGGAUUGAAAGGAAUAUGGCACUUGAUGCUUCUUUCUUAGAGCAGAGCGUGGUGGUGGCCGACCAAAUCAGCCUGCUGAGCCGUGAGUGGAGCUCUGCAGAGCAGCUGGUCCUCUAUAUGAAGUGUGCUGAGCUGCUGUCCUCUGCGCUUCACACAGCGAUGGCUGGGAUCAAAGAAGGCACACUCUACCCAUCAGGAUCUGUUAAACAAGUAGUAAGUAAGCUGAACGAGAUGUAUAAGAAGAGUGUGAACUCCUGCCGUUCUCUCACUGAGAAACUCCAGCUCUUCUUCAGCAGCAAACAAAGACUGAUGGACCGCAUCAACAGCAUUACUGCUGAGAGACUCAUCUACACACACACCAUUCAGAUGGUACAAACAGCAGCACUGGACGAGAUGUUUCAUCAUGGAGAAACCUCUGUGGAGCGAUACCAUAAGGCCUUACUGCUGAUGGAGGGUCUGUCCUUAAUUAUUACAGAGACUGCAGAUCUAAACAAUAUCAACAAAUGUAAACAGUGUAUUGAGCGGCGGCUCUCCUCCCUCCAGCCCAAAGGAUGUGUGUGAUGAACCCUUGUUGUUUUUGCUAUGCAUCAAACCCACAACAUCUACAUCUCAUUUCAUCCCAGUCGCCAUUUGAAAUUCUGUAAGAGGAAAAACUCACACUCACCCACUCAUUAAAAAUGUGAUACUUGGCUUCCAAAGCCAAAAAAAAGGUGAGAAAAGACUUUUCAUAAUAGACAGAGAUUACAUCUCUAUUGAUAUUUGUAUAUAUAAACAAAAGCAACAUCUGCAGACAUAAACAUCUAUUUUGUUCACUGUAAAAGCAUAUUGAGUGAAUCAAGACGGCAUCAUUGGUUGAAUAGAUGUCAUGUUUAAAUGCUUUGACCUCUGAAUCUACACCAACGCAUGAUGACACUUCCUCGGAGAUUAAUUUAAUCUUAGCACUACAAUGUUAAAGCCAGUGUUGGAGUCUGAAAGAGUAACAACUUGGAUGCUUUUCAUUCUAUCACACUAAAACAUGCCUGUAGCAUUAGUCUCAUGAAGUUACAUGGAAUGAUUCUGUUUUUGAUGGACUUAUUCUGCAUGUUUUUGCAUGAUUUGGAGGAAAUGAUAGUUAUCUGCUGUAUCUGAAGGGAAUUCAUAAUAAUGACUUAUAAUUAAACCUCUGUGGUCACCAAACCGUUGUUGAAAUAGCAGCCGGUGGUGGAUGUGUAGCAUUCAGUGUUACAUCUCUAAGACUCUAAUGUGGCAAUUGACCAAAAUUGUGGCAAACCUUUGUAGACCUACUGAUAAAGACUGUCAGUUUCAUAUGUUGUCAUAUGAGGUUGGAAAAAAAAUACUUGAGAUUUGUAUUAUAUUGACAAUCAUACUGUUAUUCAUGUGUGUGUGAUACAGUGAAGCACUUUAUAAACCCAUUUGCCUUCUGGAUGCCUGAAAAGAACCACUGCAGAGACAAGCCUAAUGGCUCAUUUCGGGUUAAUUAACACCUGAAAGUCAAAGGAAAUGCAAUACAAAGACAGUCAAAUGCAAAGACAGUCAGUAUCUUGUGUGUAGCAUUUUAUAUUUAUCUGUUUUAGCUGUCAGUCUGAAAGUGGUUUUAGUUUUCAGUUUGCUUUAGAAUCUAUUGCAAGUAAAGGACUUUUGCACAGCUUGCUGGGAUGACUAGGUCUUUAGUUUUUGUAGUGAUUUGAUAGUGCCUUAAAUGACCUAGCUUGUUUAAUCUCACUGGACACUCGGAGAGUUACAAUCUGUUAUACUUCCAGCGUUUCAUGUCAUAUUCAUAACUUGCACUAUUUUUGCAUUUUCCAAUGGCAAUAACUCUAAAGGUGUUUUUAACUUAAAUGAUAAUACAUUUAAUUUCAAGGUUUUUUAGUCAGAAUUGUGUAGAAUGAUUGUGAUGAAUGUGCACGAACAUUUUUAAAAUAAUAGUUGUGCUAAAUUGAGGACGAUUGACUAUUUCUAUAUGUUGUUGUUACAGUAUUUAUGUGUUUUCUGGUGUUUUUGUCUUUUUAUUUCCAUUCGCAAAGCCUAAAUGAAAUAUAUGUGCAGAAUGCAUGUGGUAUGGGUGUGUGUAAUUGAAUAAAUUUCACUUUUA